AUGUCUGACAGUCCAUCACCACGAAAGCAGUUGCGCCUGUUCACCAAAGGGAAGGGAAAGGUAGAUUCACUGUUUCGACGUAGAAGGAAUGGCAAUAAGCAAGACGAUAAAGACUCCGACUUUGAAGACGAUCAGCCUAUACUGUCAAGGAUCAACGAGCCGUCUGAGCCGCCUCAGUCAACAAGCCUACGGAAGCUCAACCUGAAAGCGAACGCAAAGCAGGGUAGCAAUGACAUACAGAGUCCUGGCUUAAGCAAGAAACUGGCAGACGGCAAUCAGGAAGAUGCUGGACACAAUGAAGGAACGAACAUGGAAAUUGAGGAUCAGCCACAGAGAACGAACCAGAAUGAAGAGCAAGCGACCAAGGCCCGCAAAAGGCAGGGCAUGAUUGGGGUUGAAGGCAUUGUUCCGACGUUCAACACCAAUAACGUGAUCUCUGGUGGUCGUUUGAUUGCGAAGCAGCCUGGUCCAGACAUGCAAGCUCAGCCUUUCACCUUCGGUACACAAAGCAGAAGUCUGGACACAGUCACAGCAGCUUCUCAACUCAAUUUUUCACCACAAACUUCCUCCUUCAAUGCCAGUAUCGAAUCACACGCGCCCUUAGCGGUCCCUUUAGAGGCAGAGCAGCCCAAGCCUGGUGCACAGGGUGUUACCGUCAAGCAGUUCCUGGUCUCAGAAGAGCAGCCAACACAGGAGAUAUUGACAUCAGCAACACAGAACACCAAUCCCCGGACUAAUUCGCUGCCGCCUGGUCUCAAACCUCGACGAUCAAAAGGGGCAGACCCUUUAGCUCAUCUUAAGCUCGACGCUCAACCAGCUGCCGAUCCUCCUCGACUUGACCAACCCUCCGAUAUACAUAGAGUGCUGGACUACAUUUCCCCACAAAUUCCAUUGCCUGAACCGGGAGAUCAGGUCUACCGAUACAACCACUACAAGAAGCAGAUUCCUCAGUACGUCUUUAACAAUACUCUUCCAGAUGCCUGGGAGGCCACCGCUUUUGCGCAAGAUGUUAUUGGUGACACAGAAAUUCGACUGACUAAAGAUGGGGAUGUGCCGGCUUUGGAAAGUGCUCCUCGCGAACGAGUUCCUCUUGGCGCAAGGGAAACACCUGUCGACGUAGAUCCAAGUGGACAGUCCGAUGAUCCAAUCAAAACCAAGGCUUCGUCCUUGCAAGGUCUUCCAUACCACGCUCGCGUAGCUGCUAAACGCAAGGUGCUUCGUAAUAAGAUCGUCAAGGAACUGGACGACCCUUCUACGCCCGAUCACCUUCAUACAGCACCAUUCUAUAUGGUUCCAACCACCACUCUCAAACGCAAACGUCCUACGAAUCCUCUUGAGCUUCCACCACCGGACUAUAUCUUCCAAUCUACCAAGUCACCAGAUUUCAACAUUUUCACGAAUGGCUUCCUACUCUACCCCGAGCUCUGCCUCCUCCUGGCGGCGCAGAUGCAGGUGAAGACACUGAUCAACCUGUACAGCAUCAGCAAAGACUUCCACGUCAUUCUCAACCAGCGCUCCUUGACUGUGAUCCUCAAUCAAGCUACGCUGAAAGCACCAGCCGCAGCACGUUGCUAUCCCUGGCGAUGUUUCGACGAUCUGUCUCAACCUGAUCCAGCCUUUCACGCAGGCACAAAGUCGCUAGCGCACCAUAUGAACGCCAAAUCAAGCAGUGGUGGUGGUGUAGUCAUCAAUAUCCCUACACCUCCUCCUCCACCCUCUCCACGACCCGUAUCUCCAAAGACAGGUCUUUCAAUUCCCUAUCCCAAACGUCCAUCCCUCUCACCCGCAACCCGCCGGGUCCCAACCUUCCGCUGGCUCCAGAUGGCCAUCCACCGCGAAAAAGUCAUUCACGCCCUAUACCAAGCCUUCGCCAUGCGCGGUAUCCCGCUCCCUGGUGAUCCAAACUCCCUGCAUCAAGGCGACUUCGCUCUCUCCUUACACAAACUCUGGUUCUUGAUGGAUAUCCCAGACAACACACGCCGAAUCAUUUACACCCGCACCACGAGUUUGAUGGCAGAUGUGGACUUAGGUAACAUGCUGACAUUCGUCGUCAAGCUCGACAUGGCAUGUAAUGACCCUGUAGCGGGGGAGAAACGCGACGGAAUGCGAAAGUUAAUGCUCAGCGCUAUUGAUGGGUUCGAUACGAUUCUCAAAGUUGUCAGACGAGAGAUGUGGACGGAUGAACUUGACGUGCUGAGGGCGUGGACGAGGUUUGGCUUUCAACUUGACCGGGAGCAAGGACCUCGACGGGCGGGAUGGGCGCCACUGCGUCUGAGUGAUGAAGAGCACACGGCGAGUAAGACUGUGUUUGGGAUUAAGAAGGAAGAGGUGGGGCUGCUGAAGAGGGAGUUCUGGGGGAAGUUAGAGGUUGAUCCUGUGAGUGGACGGAGGAGAGGUGCGGUUAAUGGUGUUGGGACGGUGAAGGAGAUGGGGCGUAUGCCUCAAUAUCUUAUGCGGCCUGAUCAGAUCUUGCUGAGGGAAGUGGUGAGGCGGGAGAUGACGUUUCAGCAAGGAUUUCUGAGAGCACUGAUCACGGGAUAUGUGGAUGAAGAGACGCUCGAAGCUGUUCCACCACGAGAUCUGAAUGGAGGUAGGAGUGGUGUAUUGGAGCUGGAAGGGGAGUAUGAUGUGGAUGAUGCUGUUGCUGGACUGCAGGCAUUGGACAUUGAGGAAGGUGGUGAUCCGUUACUGGACCUGGGUGAUACCUGGCAAGGAAGUCCUUGGACGGUUGAGCAUAUGGACAUAGGGUUUGAGACGGCUCAGGCACGGAUCGAGCAGGAUGAAGCGUUGCAGACUUGGAUGGCUGCGUGGCGGAGCGAGGUGGAUGAGGAAAAGCGGCGAAGGCAGUAUACUGGUUUUCGGGUUGUGGAUUAA